AUGUAUGAAGGAGGAGGCAUUACAAAAAAGUUAAAACGGGCUGCCUCUAGUCCUCUCCCCUUUGGUUCUUCUAUGUACGCAACAGCCAGAAAGAAGGCCCCAAUAAUGGGAAUUUCAUCAAGGGAAAGAGAUGUGCUCAAGUUGGUGCGGCCGGGUAGGCAAUUAGAAAUUCACAGAGACUCCAUAACUGCUGCAGAAGUCAUGAGGAAGUACCCGAGGCACUGCAUUACCCGGCCUGAUGUGUUUAAGUUUCCAUGGAUCGUGGUUCGACCUGAGUCAGUUUUGGUUCCAGGUAGAGUUUUCUACAUUGUACCUUAUCAAACAAUCUAUCACUUGUUAAAGGCUAGAGGGCAGUGUAACAAACCUUGUUCAAGACAAAACCAAUCUCCAAAGAAUCAUAGCCAUCACUGCUUUCCUAAAAGACCACCACCUCUGAAUUCACGGCACCCUCACCACCAUGAGCAGCGCCUCAGGAAACCGGUUGAGAGAACCCAUCAGGAGGCUGUGGCCAGUUCACAGGAAGAAGACUCAGAUGAUAGUAGUCACUCUAAAAGAUUCUACAUGAAAUCAUGGCCUAAGCCGAUCAUUAAGAAAAGAAACACCCUCCAAGAAUUUGAUCAAGAAUCUGAAUUUGAUUCAUCAGUUGAUUGUAGAUCAUUCAAUUCUGAGGACUAUUAUUCCGAUGGAAGAAACAUUAGUUCAGCACUGCCUAAUAUCAGACAUGGUUAUCUACAGCAGCACAAAAGCAGUACACAAGAAGUUAAAUUGAAAUCCUGUCUAAGGAAGCAAGACAGUGUUCGUAAGUCGCUGAAUCUAAGGGUAACUUUUGGCUUGCCAAGUACAAUUGCCAGUAGUCGAAGAGAAUCACCAAGUGCGAGCUUGUGAUCUUGUUGACAAGCUGUCAUACUAGUUGCUUAAUGCUUGGUCUCUAUAUGUGAUUGUGGUUGCCUAUUUAGAGGAUGCCCAGGCAAUAAGAUAGUGUG